GGGUCCCCUGCGCGGCGGGCGCGCUUCUAGUGCGUUCGGCGCGCGGGCGGUGUCGCGCAUGCGUUAGCCUGUGGCUCCGCCCCCUCAGCCCUCGCCGUGUCGCGCCGCCGCUUGGGGUUGAGCUUCCCUCCCGGUCUCCGCUGGGCACCAGCUAUGUGGCACGUCCCUCUUCGGCAGUGAAGGGACAGAAGCGUCCUAGGCCUCUCCACCCUUGCUGACGGCUUCGCGCUAAGGGCCGCCAUGGCUACGGGGUUCUCCUUCGGGUCUGGGACCCUCGGCUCCACCACUGUGGCCCCCGGCGGGACCGGCGCGGGCAGCGGCUUCUCCUUCGGGACCGUCGCGUCUAGCACACCUUCUGUGGGACUCAACUUUGGAUCUCUUGGAAGCUCUGUGACCCCAGCAUCUACAUCUGCUUCAGCUGGUGGUUUUGGAACAGGACUCUUUGGAUCUAAGCCUGCCACUGGAUUUACUCUAGGAGGAACAAGUGCAGGAACAGCAGCAACCACAUCUGCGUCUACAACAGGCUUCAGUUUAGGGUUCAGUAAACCUGCAGCAUCUGCUACACCAUUUGCCCUGCCUGUCACUUCUACCUCAGCUAGUGGUCUUACUCUCUCAUCUGCUCUGACAUCAACUCCAGCAGCAUCCACAGGAUUUACUUUGAAUAACUUGGGAGCAACACCAGCCACAACUACAACAGCAUCAACUGGGCUUUCCUUAGGGGGAGCCUUAGCUGGUUUGGGAGGUUCACUUUUCCAGAGUGGAAACACAGCAACAUCAGGUCUCGGACAAAAUGCUUUAAGCUUGUCUUUGGGAACUACAGCACCUACUUCAGCUGCCAGCAAUGAAGGCCUUGGUGGUAUAGAUUUUAGUACCUCAUCAGAUAAGAAGAGUGAUAAAACGGGAACAAGGCCAGAGGAUAGUAAAGCACUGAAAGAUGAAAACCUGCCUCCUGUCAUCUGUCAGGAUGUUGAAAAUCUCCAGAAAUUUGUCAAGGAACAAAAACAAGUCCAAGAGGAAAUUAGCCGAAUGUCUUCCAAAGCAAUGCUUAAAGUCCAGGAAGACAUCAAGGCCCUCAAGCAGCUUCUGUCAUUGGCUGCCAGUGGGUUGCAGAGGAAUACACUCAAUAUUGACAAACUGAAGUUAGAAACUGCUCAGGAGUUAAAGAAUGCCGAAAUAGCUUUAAGAACCCAGAAAACACCACCUGGACUCCAACAUGAAAACACAGCUCCUGCUGACUACUUCAGAAUAUUGGUUCAGCAGUUUGAGGUACAGCUUCAGCAGUACAGGCAGCAGAUUGAAGAACUAGAAAACCAUCUUGCCACUCAAGCCAAUAAUUCACAUAUAACUCCUCAAGAUUUAUCAAUGGCUAUGCAGAAAAUUUAUCAAACAUUUGUAGCUUUAGCCGCACAACUUCAGUCUAUUCAUGAAAAUGUCAAGGUGCUUAAAGAACAGUAUCUCGGCUACAGAAAAAUGUUUUUGGGUGAUGCUGUAGAUGUGUUUGAAGCCAGGAGAACAGAAGCCAAGAAGUGGCAGAAUGCACCCAGAGUUACUACUGGACCCACUCCUUUCAGCACCAUGCCAAACGCAGCAGCCGUUGCCAUGGCUGCAACACUUACACAGCAGCAACAGCCUGCUACAGGGCCACAGCCGUCUCUGGGAGUUAGUUUUGGAACGCCAUUCGGCUCAGGUAUUGGCACUGGCUUGCAAUCAAGUGGCUUAGGUUCUUCAAACCUUGGAGGAUUUGGAACUAGCUCUGGUUUCGGAUGCGGUACCACAGGGGCCUCCACAUUUGGAUUUGGAACAACAGAUAAACCCUCAGGAAGUCUUAGUGCAGGCUUUGGCAGCUCAAGUACGUCUGGGUUUAACUUCAGCAAUCCUGGCAUCACGGCAUCAGCUGGUUUGACAUUUGGGGUAUCCAAUCCUGCAUCUGCGGGGUUUGGAACAGGAGGACAACUCCUUCAAUUGAAGAGACCUCCAGCUGGAAACAAAAGAGGAAAGAGAUAAACAUACGGGUCAAUGUGUUGGCCGUGCUUAGCUGGCGCCGCUCAUUCUAUGAUUCUAUUUUUCUAACGAUGUAGUAAUUGAACUGCAUCUCGGGAGAUUUAUAACGUUUUGAUAUUCCUCACUCUGGAACUUGAACUUUGUUUACCUUACCAAACAUCUUUCUUGUGAAUUCAGAAUCCAGUCGCAGUUUUGGUUGCUAUUAUUUUUGAUUCUCCAUGUAAGAAAUGUUGUGAUUAAAUUACCAAUUGAUAGUGGUGGGUGAAAAAAAUCCAUCAACCUACGCCUAUGAUUUAUCCUAGUACUAAGCAGUGUUUCUGUUGCUGAGGUUUAUGCUGUGAUUACAUGCACAUUGGUUUCUUAUGCAGAUGGUAUCAACUCUAGGGCCUGUGCUAGAAGUAGUUUGUUCCUUAACAAGGCCUUUUGAACUGUGCUGCAGGGCAUCUUGUGGAUAUGUAUGUAAUUAUAUAGAGAGUAAUGCACACAAUGUGUGCACAUAAAAUAUAUAUUUACACACCUACAACUCCUGCCUCAGACUGUUAUCCUUUUUAGUGUAUUUAGUUAUUCACUCUUUAUGAUUUAGAUCCUUAGUGCUUAUAAAAGGAGUAAGGGUGCCUGGUCACUUCAUUUGUUUAUUAAACAGAAGUGAUUCUUGAUAUAAGUGUUGAAUCCAUUCAACUUCAUUGACCCCACUCUUCUGUUUUUAUUUAUACCUUGACCCUUAGGAGCUACUUCAACUGAGGGAUGCUCUAAGGCUCAUCAAACAGAUUUUAGAAACCUUUACUACCCUAUAUAUAUUCUCAUGCUACCAUUAUGAGAAUCUUUUUUUGUAAAGGAGAUGGACUUUUAGGAGUGUAUGUGAACUCCAGACUGAUGUUCUGGGGCAAAGAGCUACUAAGCCAAAUUGAAUCUAUGCAGGUGGAGGAUGCAAUGUUAAUUCAGUAACAACUUGCUUAGCUGUUUCAAUACAGAAUUAUUCUUAUAGGGCUAUUGAGGAACCAAAUGAAGUGGCUUCUGAGCCUCAUAAUGUGCUGAGUCUUAAUCUGGACUAGAGAAACUACAUUUUCGGGAAAAUCUUUGUACCCACUAUAAACGUGCUGGUUUGAAGAGUGAGUGGAGCCCCAAUGAGUGCUCAGAGGUGUGUCAGGUUGUCUGUGUGACCUCUGUCUGUGCUGCCGAUCUUGGUGUUGAGUGAGUAAACACCACUGUGAGGAGAAUUAAUUGCCUUAGGACUGUGACAGCGUGAAAGUAGUUUUCAGGUGGAAUGAACACAUGGAAUUGCACGGAAAUAGUUUAAUUUUUUUACAUAGAAGGUUUUGUAUAUACUGUUCACCAGUGAAUACUUUCAGGAUCAUUUUCACCAAGGCACCUUUUUUUUUAUUCAAAACAGGUCUGGUGUACAUACAUACAUACAUACAUACAUACAUAUUUUAGUAUAAUGUUACUUGGGUUUGAUUAUAAAAGUAUUGUUGGUCUGUUUUAUUUAUCUGCAUAUAACAGUUAUUGGCAUUCCUGAAUUCAAUAUUUGCAUCUUGACGCAUUAAAAUAAGGAGAGUUAUUUGUCUCUGAGCACUAAACAUUUGUAUAUUUUUGUAAUUCUGCAACCCUUAGUCCAGACUAUGGGGGAGGAUGGGAAAAAAGUGUGCUUUGGCGUUUUAAAUUACCAUCAGAGUUACAUAUACAAUUACAAAAAUACUGCUUUGUUCGUUUUUUAAGUACAUUGUAUUAUGCUGCAAAUAUCUGAGUAUUUAUAUUCCUCUGGGUUAUUUUUCCUUUAUAUACAUUUUCAUAUGUUGAGCCACUGAGACUGUAGCGUCCAUUUGUGGGAGGAGUCCGAGUGCUGUCCUUGUCUCCUUUGUCUUCGCCUUGUCUAUUGUGGAAAUAAUAAAAUUUGUUAGUUGCUUUGAAUCUUU